AUGGCGGAGAAAGAGGGGAUGAAUUGUGAGGCGAGUAUGGCGAUGACGGUGAUGACGGAUGUGCAGAUGGAGGAGCUCCGCCGCCAAAUCGCGGCGUACGCCGCCGUCGCCGAGCAACUUCUCGACAUGUACAACAAGUGCACCGUCGUCGCCCGCCGCCAUCCCUUCCCUCGAGCGUGCUAUCUUUUUCUCAAAAAAAAAAAAAAACAUGAAGCGCGAACAAUUGGUCACAUUUUUCACUGUGUUAAUUCAGAGAUGCUAACUGGAACUCCAAACUACAGCGACUCUCCGACGAAAUCCGGCGUGCACAAGAUCCCCGCGAGGAAGCGAUGGACGCCGCUGCCGAAGCAGCUCAAUGCCCUCCAGGGCAUAUUCGAUAAGUGCCGCGGAGUCCCGAACCGAAAGGAGAUCAAAGAGAUCGCGUUGCAGCUCUCGCAACACGGUCCGAUCUCGGAAGCCAAUGUGUCGAACUGGUUCCAGAAUCGAAGGGCGCGAAUGCGACGUUCUCACGCAGAUAUAUCGCAUAACAGUGGUGCCGAACCGAGAACCGGUACGAGUAAAAUCAACUGCAGUUUGUAUCGGACACCGAGGAUGGAUCAGUGGAUGGUUCGAACCGCACAUGUCGCGAAUCAAGAGGCAGGAAGCGGAGUCGGAAGUUAUUAUCAAUCGAAUGAUAGCUUGAAUUAUUUUGCGGGAAUUGCGCGCCAAAAUUUGCUUCAGCAAAACGGUUUAUCGGGCUCGGGUUCAGGUACGUGCUCUGUGAUUGAAUUGUGUAUAAUUUGAGUUCGAUAUUUGUUUCUGAAAUCGAGUUUGCGAAAUGCAGGGAUGAACCAACUGAUGGGAUAGUUGAAAAUUUUCCGAUUCUGCGAGUUAACGGCUUUUUCGCCUCGAAGAAGCUUUGCGACAAUUGUGGUCACUUGGGAUGCUCUAGAUCAUGUUUUCGCAUUUUCCGAUUCUGCGAGUUAACGGCUUUUUCGCCUCGAAGAAGCUUUGUCAUGUUUUCGCGAUAAUAAGUAGAACAUUAGUUUGAUUGGGUGAAUGCUCAGAAUUUUCCAGUGAAAUAGUGCUAUAUUUUGCUUAGUAAAAACUUAAAAAACUUAUCUAAAUUAUAAAAUAUUUUAAAUCAGUCACGAUUAUCUGAAUUAUUUGAAUUAUCUCAAUUUUUAGACUACUGAUUAUGAAUCGAUCAAGACGAAAUAAUAAACACGUGCAACACCAACACAUUAAACUAAUUUAAUUUAUUGGAAUUUUUUUAAGAGAAAUGUUUCUGGGAUCAAUGAAAUAGUGAGUUUAUAGAAUAAUAUUUUUAUAUUAUAUUAAAUAUUAAUUAAUUAUAAAUUUUACAUUAUGAGCGUUAUAUAUUAGCAGGAAAAUGCCAUUAGCACUACUUUUAUGGAGGUUGUGGAUCUUACUCCAUACUCAUCCAAAAUUUGAUAUCACAUUUUUGAAACUUCAGUUUAAAAAAAAAUUGUGAAUCAUGAUAUUAGAUAAGAUUACUUUUUACAUUAUAUGCUAGUUUCCGAUCAGGGCCGCAAAAAGUUUUAAUAUAAUUUUAUCUUUUGAAUACUAAAAACUCAAAAGCUUUGAACUAUAAACCAUCUUAAAUUGACUAUUCAACUUAUUAAAAUUUUAAUUUUACUAUCUAA